CACUCCCUCCAAAUAAGUUAGAAAGCAAAAGCAAGGGGUGAAAAAAGCUAAGAGAAAGAAAAGAGCACCCACAUUGUCCUUAAUAAAACACAAGAAAGAAAUAUCACUGGCAAGCAUCGACCCAACUCUCCCUUCUUUUCCCUUCCUUUUUUGUUUCAUUUGUCACACAUAUUCUUCUCCUCUAUUUUUAUUUUCCACAUUGCCACUCGGCCCACCGUCACCACCCAGGAAUCCUCCUCUCCCUUUCAGUUUCCAUUCAUCAUACAGUAAAGGUACAAAUUCCUUCACAUUUAUAUUCAGUUUUCCAUGGCAGACCAAGAGCAAACACAAGAGCAGCAACCUCAAAAGCCCAAAAUGAACACAGAUAAGCCACCUAACCCUACUAAAUCCAAGCCAUCGAGGUACAGCCAAGGAGGCGCAGCCCGCUCCUGUUGCUUAUGUAUUUUCAUAUUCCUCCUCUUGGCAGGGGCCACAGCCCUGACUGUUUGGCUCGUCUACCGUCCCCAUAAGCCUCGUUUCACUGUUGUCAGCGCUGCUAUCUAUGAACUCAACGCCACCUCGCAACCCUUCAUUUCCACUUCCAUGCAGUUCACUAUCGUUACACGAAACCCCAACAGGAGAGUCUCCAUCUUUUACGAAAAGUUGCAAGCUUAUGCCUCGUACAGAAACCAACAGAUAACUCCUCCAGUGGACUUGCCACCACUGUACCAUGGGACAAAGAGCACGGUGGCACUGUCUCCGGUGCUUGGUAGCGGGACGGUGCCGGCGUCGGCGGAGGUGGUGAAUGGACUAAUGACAGAUGAGGCGUACGGGGUGGUGGCGCUGCGGGUGGUGUUGUUGGGGAAAUUGAGAUGGAAGGCUGGCGCCAUAAGGACCGGGAAGUAUGGAGUUUAUGUGAAAUGUGAUGUUUGGGUGGGCUUGAAGAAGGGUGUGGUAGGACAGGUUCCUUUGCUUGGGGCUCCUCCCUGUAAAGUUGAUAUAUGAAGUAUGUGGAGAUGCAUAUGUAAGGAGGCUUUUACCUUAAAAGCCUUUUCUGGGUUCAUUAAUUUUUCUGUAGCUUUGGUACUUUACUUUCUCUUAGUUUUGUAAACUAUUUUAUGUUUUUUAUUAUCUGUGGAAAGACAGGAAAAGAAAACCAAAAACAAGUUCAGGCACCGUGGCACAGUGGAGGAAACAUGUACUACAAAGCAAUGUGGUCAGAAAAAUUAAUGCAAAAAAGGGCCUUUUUCUUCUUGUUCA